AUGCCGCCGAAGCUGACCUCCAAGAACAUCUUCGAUGCUCUCUUCGACGAGCUCCCUGCAGAUGCCUUCAUUGACACCGGGCCGGCCUCUCUCAAGGAGGAGCUCAUGCUCGAGGCGGCCGGCAUGCUCAGCAGCACUGGCGAGGGCACCAGAGGUCAAGGCAGUGCCCAGAGGGGCGGUGCCAACGCCUCCAACAGUAGCGGUAGUGGAGGCGGCUCCACGAGCUAUCGGCGGCACCUCCUCCCUUCAACCUUUGUGGCGGCGACGGCGGCCAUCGUGCGCUCAAGCAACCGUUCAGCGCUCGUCGCGCCAGAGGACUCCGCAGCUGCUGCAGGCGCUGCGGCUGCUGAGCAGCGGGAUGGCCUGCACGACACCGACGUUCUGGACGCCGAGGACCUUGAGGACGGUACUUCAUCGCCGCUGUCGGCACAGGCACGCCCGCCAGCCUACACUUCGGCGCCUUCACAUGCAGCGGAGGUCUGCUGCGCCAGUGUCUUUCGCAGAGUUGACGAUGACGUGGAUGGCCGAAGUGGGGACCACUUUGCAGCGAGGCGGCGCGGCGGCGACGGUGAUGCCACGGAGGCGGAACGAGGUUUUGACAUGCAGAUGGACGCCGAGGACGACGCGGUCAAGGAGGCCACCAAGUACGCCGGCUGUGUGGCGGAAACGCAUGCGACCGAGGAAGCCAACACGGAGCAGCAGCCGGGGUCCUUUGGGCAGCCGAUCGGCGGCGGCGGUAAGCUGAACCCGCUUGAUGCUCGUCCUGUAGCGGGCAACGCAGGUGCCGGUAUCGGGCCCGGUGUCGGUGUAGUCAACAGUGGCACCGAGUUGUCCGUCAGCGGCGACGCUGCUGCUGAGAGGACCGUACCUGCGACAGCGACGAGUGUUACCGCGCAGUCGACAGCGGCCAUCAAAGCCGCUGAGCUGGUGGCGGUCGGGGCGUCGUCAGCCGCCGUCUCCGGAGCAGCGAGUCCGCAUGGCGAAGGUCAGAUCGGCGACCAGGCACUUCCCUCCUACGCGCAAGGUCGAUAUCAGGCUCGCGGCGCAGGGUAUACAUCCGCCAAUGGUGGCCAGACCGUAUCUGCAGGAGGAGGACCCCUUCUUCAGCGACCUCUCGGCGUUGCCCGCGCACCACAGCGAGGUGGCACUCUCACGGCGGCCGAGCAGCUUGCCCUCAUGCCUCCAGGUCUCGAUCGCGUGUACACCGGUGCCUGCGUCAUGUAUCGCCACCCGAAGAACUUUGGCUUCAUCUCGCCAGACAUGGGCGGGCCGGACGUAUUCUUCAUCACUGACAGCAUUGCCCUCUCCUUCACAAGACUGGCGCUUCGGGCCUUCUACCUGCGCAGCGGCAUGCCAGUGCCGCCCUCCGUCGCCGCCGCGUAUCGUGUCGGGGAGGCAAGCGACAGCUCAACGCCAUCUGGCGGAGAUGGGACACCGAUCAAAGGCGCGGCGACAGCUGUGGCGAACUCUGCAACGGCAGCGGACGCGAACAGCACGGUGCCAGCUCAAGUGUCGGCGCCGACCCCCGCGUUCCCCGGAGCUGCAGCAGGCGUCAGAGCUGCCAGAGAUAGACAGGCAACGAUUGCCGGCGCCGUGCUUGGCGAGGAAGGCGUUCUCGGGGCCACAGCUGUGUUGGCCACUCGGGCGGGGGACGCUGGCGACCGCAUUUCCAUACCGCCAACCACAGCAGAGGAGCUGACGUGGGCGGAGACGGCUGCUUCUCUGCUUACCAGCGCCACCGCGCGGCUUCUCCAGUACCAAGUGGAUCAAGGCAUCGGCGGCGGCCUUCGGGUUGGGGAUCGCAUGAGCUUCGUCGUCACCCGCAACCACGCCGCGCGUGGCGGAAACGGCCGCCUGCUGCGUGCGGAGUUCAUCCGCGGUGUGCCGGCGAUGCAGCUGGCGAUGCCCCUGGAGCAAAGCUGGUUCCACCCGUUGUUCCCUGGCGCUAUCGGCCAGAAGACCAGCGCUCCGUACGGCGCCUCAAGGCCACCACUUCCCCCUCCCUCGUCGUCCUCCGCUGAGGGCGCUGGCAGAGACGCGUCGAGUACAGGGGAGCCUCUCGCCUCCUUCGACUCUACCUCCACGACCCUCACUCGCUACACCGGCUGCGUGCGCACGUACGACGCAGAGGAGCAGCGCGGCUACAUUCGCUGCGAUGAGUCGGAUUGCAGCGGUGGCGGCAACACGCCUGAUGUCAUCUUCUACGCGCACUCGGUGCUUUGGGACUUGAUGCGCUGCCCGCCGUUGAAACGGCAGGUGAGGGAGAGCAUGCAGCUGGCCUACAGUGUAUGCGGGACGGAGCGGAACGGCAAGUACAUCGCUACACUCAUCACCACGCCGGACGGCGAGCCUUUCUGCGAGGAAAAUAUGACGUUCGCUGAGAACGUGCUGCCAUUUUUCAUGGCUGAGGGAGGUGGACCGAGCAGGCGGCGUGGACGUGACGAGGACAGUGGCGGUGUUGGCAGCGGCCGCGCUGUGAUGGGCAUGGACGGUGGCGCCGGCGCAAGUGCCGAGGGUGUUGGAGGCGACCGCAAGCGUGCGAAGGCAGCGGAAGACGACAUGUUACUCCUCUAUGCCGAGGAUGACUACCCGUUCAUGUAA